AUGGGUGUAGUGUAUCGUGGUAGUGUUUUGCAGAAGGAAUCAUUUGUUCUCCAGUCAGUCUGUGUAAAGUUGUUAAUCAUUAUUGUUCGUAUUUUGAAGUAUAUAUUUACCGACAUGAAUCCCAAUCACUUAACAUUUAUCCCAUCGAUGACAGGCAAAACACUUUCGUUUUUUUGCCGGUUACAUGCACCGAAAGGAGUGGGACUACACUGUCUACAGGCACAGCCACAGUUGAAGCUGCCGCUACAUCACUGUCGUUUGGCGUCGACAUCAUCAACCAGCGUCAACACGACGGACCAUCAUCGAUAUUUCAACGAGGUCUCCAAUUCUCGCAAACCAUCUCCAAUUCGUAAACUUUCUGAAUUGUUGAUGACGGGGCCUCCUACCUUGAUCUCGCUUGCAGCAGGUAUACCUAACGUGGACAUGUUUCCCUUUGAGAAGUCAAGCAUUACACUUAAGGAUGGUACUGAACUUCAAAUGUCAUCUGAAGAAAUGAAAGUAGCACAACAGUAUGGUGUCACUUCAGGCUAUGGUGACCUCCGUGACUGGCUGAUGGCCCUCCAAGUUAAAAUGCACAAUCCUCCAACACAAAGUAGAACAGAUGGCAGUAAACUUGAAAUGGCUAUUACAGCAGGAAGCCAACAUGGGCUCUGUAUGGCAUGUGAAGCACUUAUAUCAAGAGGGGAUAAGGUGUUGGCUGGUGUACCCUUGUAUUCUGGUGCUAUAGCAAUGAUGGAACCACUUGGGGCAGACAUUAUCCCUGUUAAUGUAGACGGUGAAGGUUUGAAUCCAGAUCAUCUAGAACAGCUUCUAUCAAGAUGGGAUCCAGAAGAUAGUAAGAAAGAGGGGUCCGAUAUACCAAGGGUGCUUUAUUUGGUUCCUAAUGGAGACAAUCCCACUGGUAGCUGUGUUACACUGGAAAGGAGAAAAAGAAUUUAUGAGCUGGCCAGAAAGUAUGAUCUACUAAUCCUUGAAGAUGAUGCCUACUAUUUCUUGCAAUUUGGGGAGGAGAGGAGUCCAAGUUUUCUUUCCAUGGACGAUGACGGGAGGGUUCUCAGAUUUGAUUCUUUUGCCAAAAUCAUUUCUGCAGGUCUUCGUGUUGGUGUAUGUACUGGUCCUCAGGCGAUAGUAACGUGUAUCAUCAUGCAUAUGCAGGCUUCUGUCCUUCAUACUAGUGUACUUACUCAACUCACCUUGUACAAGUUAUUAAAUCACUGGGGUAUUGAUGGACUAUUAAGCCAUGUAGGGAAAGUAGCAGCCUUCUACAAAGAGAGAAGAGAUAUCCUACUUGCAGCAAUGGACAAGCACUUGAAAGGUCUUGCCAAGUGGAAUGUUCCGAAUGGGGGGAUGUUUGUUUGGAUGGAACUGAUUGGUGUCAAUGAUUCCUAUGACCUCAUCUCUAAGAAAGCCAUGGAGAAAGAAGUCUUGUUUGUCCCUGGUAUAGCCUUCUAUCCUGAUAAGACCAAACCAUCUCCAUUUAUCAGGGCAUGUUUCUCUGUCUGUUCUGAUGAUAACAUGGAAGAGGGUAUAAGACGACUAGCUGAGUUGCUUAAAGAUGAGCAGAAGACAAAGUAGGAUGUCAGGAUCUUUUCAUCUAAAUAA